CAGAACAAAAUAAGCCACAGUUUUUUAAGGGUGAGGGUUAGAGAUACAGCAACAAAUUUUCUGCGAGGCUUGCCAGCUGAUUUUAAGGUACAUACACAGGAUCAAGACAGGACACAAUGCGGUCAACCAAUCUGAACAUAAGGGUGUGUUUUGCAGCUGUGCUGUUCAUAGGAUUCCUCUCCGCAGUUGUUUACAUCGCUGCUGUCAUGAGUCCAAGUACUGUUCACAAAGACGACAGGAGUGACAUUGAAACAGCUGACCAUGAGACAAUCAGGACAAUCCCUCCUGGAAUUGAGGUCGAUUUUUUUGAAGAUGACGAAGCUCAAGAUGUUGAUGAUGAUGAGGAUGACGGGGAGGAAGCUGAAGCUGAAAACGUCGAUGAAGAUGACCAAAGCAGGGAAGCUGAAGAGCAGCCUGUUUGUAAAUACCCUGAUCUGCAGAUGAGCAAUCCUGAAAUCAACCACCUGUUUGAUAAGUCUCAUCUGCACUGUGGGGGGCGACCAAUAAACUACCUCACUUACCUGGAUAGCAACACUGAUGAUAGAAUUGGUGUUAUCAGACUAAACUCCUCUGCUCUACUUCCCGGAGAAAAGCUUAUCAGCUGCAGGUACAUCAGGAUAGACUAUCUAUCGGAUUGGGAGAAUAACGCCAUAAUUGUCCACACAAAAGACUUCAAGGACAACAACGAGACCACCUUGGACUUUCCCUUUGAGCAUGAGUUUGCCAGGGUGAGCUGUCAAUAUGAGACAGAGGUCUUCAGUGGAACUGGGACUGAGAUGAUGGUGAAACAGCACAACAAUAUGUUCCAGCAAGUUAAGAAGAAACCUCCACUGGAGAUAUGGGCCAAGCAGCUGCAUAAUUCAGGUCGGGCAAAGGAAGCGUUGGGCGGUGGUUUGAAUGUGCUCAUGGUAGGUGUGGAUUCCACCUCUAGAAUGAAUUUUAUGCGCAAACUGCCCAAAACCUUCCAAUACUUCACAGAGACACUGCAAGGUUACGUCCUGAAGGGCUAUCAUGUGAUUGGAGAUGGCACGACUGCUCAGUUCAUCGGCAUGUUCACAGGGUUUCUGGAGGAUGAGCUGCCAAACACUAAGAGAGGUACUGCUAACGCAACCCUCUGUGAUGUCUUUCCAUUGAUCUGGAGGAAGUAUAAGAGGAUGGGAUACGUGACAAUGUUUGGGGAGGACGAAGCUUGGACAGGGACUUUCCAGUACCGAACAACUGGAUUCUCAUACCCACCUACCGACCACUACAUGCGGCCUUUCUGGCUUGCUAUAGAACACCUGCCAGGUUAUAGGUACUAUGGACAGUUCUGCCUUGGUGCAACACCCAAACAUCACUACACCUUCCAGUACAUGCGACACUUUGUGGAUAAAUACAACCAAUCUCUCAAGUUUGCUACUGCAUUUCACUCCCAACUCAGCCAUGACAGCGUGAACUUGAUACAAUCUGCUGAUCAGGACAUCCUGGAUCUCAUCAGCUCCUGGAACGACAAGGGUUACCUCAACAACACCGUCCUGAUUGUGUUUGCCGACCACGGAGCUCGUUAUGGAGAAAUCAGGCAGUUCCUGCAGGGUCGGCUCGAAGAAAGGCUGCCAUUCUUUGGAAUCGCAAUCCCCAAGUGGAUCAAAGAGAAACAUCCAGAAAUUGCAGACAACCUGCGCAAAAAUCAAGAGCGUCUCACCACAGCGUUCGACUUUCACAAGAUGCUUCAGCACAUUCUGGACUACCCGGGUGACCAGUCUCGUUUCCAGGGACACGGAAUCAGCCUGUUCCAGGAGAUCCCACUAAACAGGACGUGUGAGGAUGCUCACAUCGCUGACCACUGGUGCACGUGCUUGCAGACCAUCUCAAUGAGCACAAGUAAUGACUUUGUCAUAGCAUCAGCAAAAUUCUUGGUCUCGUAUAUCAACGACUUAACGUUACCUCAUCGAAACAACUGCAUGGAGCUUGUCCUGAAAAACAUCACCCAUGCUGAGAUAAUCAAACCAAACAAAAGGCUUCUGCAGUUUCAAGAAAGCAGCCUUCAGUUCCACGUGGCCAAAUUUGGCAACAUGCUUCGUCUUCCCUUCGUCGAUUUCAUGCUCACUGUGGAGACGGAGCCAAAUGGAGGGAUGUAUGAGGCUUCAGUGAGGAAAUGGUUUAAACGUGAUCACACAGAGGUAUUGGCAGAUAUCAGUCGGAUCAACAGGUACGGGGACCACCCCAAGUGCAUCCGAGACAAGUUCCCUCGUCUGAGAAAGUACUGCUUCUGCAAGGAAUUCCUCCACCCAACGUAGGGAAACUUUUUUCUUCAAAA